AUGGCAUUUCCAGGCUCGGAGAAAAGCGUGUGGCGCGUUGUCCUGCGCAUGAUCUCGCUCUGGGGUUCGGUCUUUGGGAUCAUCGCGAUCGCGGCGGGUAGUCCCUUCCCUGAUUCAGCUUUCUGGUACUACUUGAUGUUGGGCCUCUGCGCCUUUUGGUCUCUCAUCGUCCUCAUCAUCAUGGCGUUCAAAUGCGUCCCCCACCCCGGUUUCAUGAUUGCUUUCGACCUUUUAUUGACCGCUGCUUCGGUGUUUAUCUGCGUGAUUGCUGGGUUCGGGACUUCUGUUUAUGGGCAUUAUGAUGACUAUGAAUACGACCGCCUCGUGUAUGAGCAGAGAGCGCGAUGUAUUGCGGCGCUUGUGUUCUCGAUUCUUGUCGCGGCGGACCAUUUCUCACUCUUUGUCAUUGCUUGUGUCGAUGUCGACAAUCGACGCCAGACGGCUUUCAUGAAAGCGCCCCACGACGAGUUUACAUAUGUUUAA